AUGACCAGUGUAAACAGGCUCUUAGCAGGAUAUGCUUUUGUAGCUGUAUGUAUUCUGGGUGGGGCGUUUUCCUCCUACUUUCGCUGCUCGGUCCUCCUGAUCUUUCCCAGCAUGCUCGGCUCUCGUGGCAGGGCGUACCUCAUGCUGUUUGUCCUCUACGGCCUGUAUAGAGGCCCAAUCGCUAACAUCCACCGUAAUGUCCAGGAUGUGGCCUUCUCUAUGGGGUGCAACAUCGAGCUCCAGAUCAAACACAGCAAGGUCAUGUGGAGGGUGGUGAUGGAGCCCUUCAUGCAGGUGGUGCAGGGUAUUGUGGAGGAUAAUGGGGAGUUCCAGGACGAGGCUAAGAGUGUGAGCAGGAAGUUUCAGAGCAUCAGGGAUGAGGUCAUGGGGCAGUAUGGCUAUGACUCCAUGGAACAGGGCCCUGUUGCUGCUGGCAACAGCACCCAGGAUUUGUAUGCAGCAAAGACGAUGAUGCGAUGUGACAAUGUGGUGGAGCAGGGGAUAGAGCGCUGUCGGGAGUGGUUUGAGGUCAAGUGGCAGGACUGCAUGGAUGCCAUCAAAGCCCCAGUCAUCAACCACAUCCUGUGUGUGUCUAUGAGAUUCCACUUCCUCUGUGACAUCAUGAGAGUCAUGAAGCCCUGGUGCAGGGAGGAUAUCCCAGUGGAAGGGAACUUUGGGCAAACAUUCGACAAGCUCAACUUCUCCAUUGACGCACUGUCCAGAGAAUUCAGCACUAACGUGGUGCUGCAGGAGGAGGAGCAGCAGUCUGUGUUUGGUGUGUCAGCCCUACAGGAUUUCACAGAGGGUCUGAGUAAAGCCUUCGAGGAGACCAAGGUCAUUCUGGACCAGUUUCUGGGCCUCAUCCAGCUCCUCCUCUCCUGCACCUUCAUCACCAUCUUCACCUCGGCGUUUGGAUAUGCGAGGCAGUAUACACAAGACAUUCGCUUUGACAACAUCUACAUCACCACCUACUUCAGACAGAUUGAUGCCAGGAGAAAGAGAGCAAUGGCGGGCCUGCUGCAGGUAGUCUCUCUGGCUGUGUUUGUCUGUGUGCUACUGGCUGUCGACAUGGUCCUCCACCACAUCUUUGACAUCAUCCGCAGACACACUUUCACAGAGUUCUCCCUCACCAGUAGCCACCACAUAGACAUCAACGUGGGAGGACAGUCCAUGAUGGCCAAGCUCCUGAGGAAGACCAUCGGGGCCUUCAACACCUCCUCUAACCUGGAUAUGCAGUCUAGUAACCAGCACUGUCUGCCCCAGCCGAGGGCCCUCACCAUAGAGGACUACCUGUGGAGUUUCGUGCCCCUCUUGAUGAUGGCGCUGAUGUGCUGCCUGCAGGUGUACAGCAACCGCCUGCGCAGGGUCAUCGCUGCCUUCUACUUCCCCAAGGUGUUGUUUGGUGUGUUGUCUAGACUGGAGAGGCUGGGCUGCAGGCUGCGGUGGUGCUGUGUGUGUGGGGAGAGGCAGAGGGGUGACCGGGCCAUGGAGUGCACAGUCCCAGGCUGCCAGGCGCCUACUGUCCCCAGUGCUGGAGGGACCUGGGCAGGAUCUGUUACGCCUGUGUCCCCACUAGUAACUGGGAUCCAGUAG